AUGACAGAAGACCCACAAGUUGAUAGAUAUGGUUUUGCUGCUCCAAACUUGGUUUCCCUCGGAAAUCUAUCACGUGACAAUGCAAGGCUUGAAAAAUGAGAGGAUAUGCUAUUGCGAUGGGAGUACAACAUAACCCGAAGAGCUGAUUUCCUAAAAAAGAGGAUUCGCAAAGGAGUCCCAGAUUGCUUAAGAGGUAGGGUUUGGUCCGAGCUAGCAGAAAUUGAGAAAUUUCGGACUCAAUAUGCAAAGGACUACUACAAAAAUUUGUCAGAAACUGAAUGUGAAUCAAUAGCAGUAAGAGAUAUUUUACUUGAUAUUAAUCGAACGUUUCCUGGGCAUGUUUUAUUUAAAAGUAACGGAGAUGGCCAAAAAUCACUUUUUCGAGUUCUCAAAGCAUUUUCCCUUCACGAUCCUGAGCUAGGAUAUUGCCAAGGUAUGGGCUUUGUGACGGCUUUAUUUUUAAUGUACAUGAAUGAAGAGGACGCUUUUUGGCUACUGGAAGCCUUGAUGAAAAAAUACAACAUGAGAGAUUUUUAUAUGGUAGGUAUGCCGGGAAUUUAUAAAGCGUUUUACAAAAUUAAUUCCUUGUUUAAAAAUUAUUUGCCAACUCUUUGGCGACACUUUAUAGGACUCAAUAUUUACCCAUCACUAUUUGCAUCAUCAUGGCUAAUGACACUUUAUGUAAAUGCCUUUCCUAUGGAUGUAGCUCUAAGGAUACUUGAUAUUUUUUUUAAUGAAGGACCAAAAAUUAUUUUUAGGGUUUAUCUUUCAGUAUUUAAAAAUACUAAAGAUGAAUUGCUAAGACUUGAUUGUGAUGGUAUAUUAGACAGAAUUAGAACUAUCCCUGAUAGUUUGAUACCAGACUCAGUGAUUAAAAAUACAUUCAAAAUCUCUCUCUAACCCCCCCCCCCCCUCCGUGAGCGAACAAAACCAUUAGAAAAAUCGCCAUUUUUUUGACCAAAAACCCACCCUCCGUGAGUGAACAAAAAUUUUUUAAUAGAAAAAAUUUUAAUGGAAAAAAAUUUUGAUAUAUAAGUGAUAAUUAGUAUAAAUGAAAUCUAGAGCUAAUUCUGUUUAAUUUUAAACAAAUUGCGUUUUUUAAAACAUAAAUUUUGCAAAUUAAAUUAAUAUUUGCUUCCCAUUUUUUGCAAAAAUUAGGAUUUUUUUAAAUUUCGAAAAAAAUAUUUUUUAUAAAAUUUAUAUAUAUAAUUUUUUUUUAAAAAAAAAAAAAUUAACCCCCCUCCGUGAGCGAACAAAAUUUUUUUGUUCGCUCACGGAGGGGGGGGGGAGUAAGCAGAAAGAAGUUAAAAUUCCUAGAAGAGGAGUAUGAAAAUAGUCCAAAUUCGGAAUUUAUGAAUUGGUAA